CUUUAUCUUUCGACCAUGCAGACUAGCCACCAUUCGAUUGCCCUUUAUUCUCUUCUGCGGCAGAAGGGUCUUCUUGUUCCACCCCCGCUAUGGACAUCCCGCCACCUUGAUAUACUGGGAUGCCAGUUUGAGGAGAUCCGCUCCUUGCCCAGUUUUGCUGCCGAGACCCACACAUCUACAUUAUCCUCUGUCGAACCGAAAUCGAAGGAUGACUCAGGUAGUGAUGCUGCACGUCUGGCAAGAUGUGGUGGUGUUCUUAUCAAGCUGUUCACAUUGAUCGACAUCCUUGACUAUGAAGGUAGCCCGUUAGAAACACGGAAAACUGGAAGAAUCAACUUCUAUUUCGCCGGUCGAGUUGUCCAUCGGCUCGAAUGUGCCACUUUCUGGCGCCGUCUUCAAGAUAGCCAGUCAGAGCAUAGUGCUGCCGACCUCUUAGUUGGAUACUUGGAUUACAACGAUCUGGCAGGAUACCGCUGA